CCGAUCAUUAUUUACAGUGUUAUCAUUACCCAAGUAUUCCGGGUAAUCGGUAAACAUAGACAAACAUAAGAUUUUUUUCACAAAUCAGAAACGGUACGUAGAUAAGGAAAACAAAUUAAUAAAGGGGCAUGGAUGUUUGUUGUUGUUUUUGCAUGUUAGGUAACGGGUCAGAUCUUGCUUAGAGGCUGUGUAGGUGCCUUCAUUGAGUUCAGUAAACUUUAGCAAUGAGCACCUCACCACUGAGCGAUCUCACCGGAAGUACCAUUGAGUUACUUAUUAGCUGUACCGGUCUGGUAGAUUUAGAUCAUUUUACUAAGACGGACCCGAUGUGUGUCCUCUUCCUAAAACAAUUUGGACAAUGGAAAGAACUCGGACGCACGGAGGCAAUCAGGGACACAUUGAAUCCAAAGUUUGUUGAAUCAUUCAUGAUAGUAUUCGACCCAGCAAUACAGCAAACCUUGAUGUUCGGCGUGUAUGAUAUUGACAGCAGGACGACAGAUUUGAAACAUCAUGAUUAUGUUGGGUCAGUAGAGACGACACUGUCAGAUCUUCUAGAUCCUUCUAAAAGCGUGUGUACUUCCUGUAGAACCCUUCGUGUUGCAGGUGAUCCGAGAGCACGGGGUAUUAUAAGUAUUACCUCCGAGAUUGUACGAGAGUCUCGUAACAAAGUCUCAUUACAUGUAGGAGGACAAAAUCUUGGUAAAAUAGGACGAAUAUUAACAACCAAGCCCGAUGUAUUUCUAGAGAUCUCAAGAAGUAUUGACAACAUUGCCUAUCAACCAGUAUUCCGAACAGAAACAUUACGUAAAACAGUAAAACCAAGAUGGCGGCCAUUCGAUAUUGGGUUUCAGCGACUAUGUAACGGGGACUGGGACAGAUUGCUCGAGUUCUCGGUGUGGCGACAUAGCGGUAGAGGAGAUUACAAAAUGCUAGGUCGCAAAGUAACCACUUUGAGAGAACUAAAGUUUCUUAAAACGAGUGGAAACUAUCAAGAAGUAAGCCUCGCUCCUAGAAAGAAAGAUAAGCACAAAAACAGUGUAAAAAUAUCAGUUUGCGGAUAUCUACGAUUUUACAGUAUUAGGAUAGACUGUCAGUAUUCAUUGAUGGAUUAUGUUCGUGGAGGCAUGAACCUCAACUUAAUCAUAGGAAUAGACUUUACUGUAAGUAUCAUACCGCAACAUGGUCCGACAUCCUAGCUGAAUUGGUGUUAG